GAGGAAGUUUGGCGGAAGGAUGGCAAAGUGAGGUCAAAACAGAAAGAUGGGCAUUAUCGUGUCUAGGUUUAGGAAAAAGCAGACGACUGAAGAAAUCUUAGAUGGUAUUGACAAGAGAGUGACAGAACUACAGAAGUUUCGAUGGCGGAAUCAGCAACUGAAAAAGCAGUACAUUGGCAGCUUGAUUCUGUACUCAAUUGUCAUCUACAUUUUGGCAGCCUUGGUUUUUUUCUUUUACUAUUUACCAGACACCUGGAAAGACCGUGUAAUCUACUCAACACCACUCUUAAUCUUUCCAGUGAUAGUAUGGCUACUGAAGAAGUUUCUACAUUGGUAUUUCGUGAAACGCAUUGCCCAAAAUGAUAUUGAAUUGGAAGAGAUUAGGAGCAAGAAGAAGCAAAUUCUUGAAGAAGUCAUGGAGAAAGAGACGUAUAAAAAGGCUAAGGAGAUCCUGGAGAAGUACGACCCAGAUAGAUUUAAGAAGGUAGAGAAAACAGUGAUAGUUACUAAGCCUGUGAUAACUCCAGCCUCAUCAGGUCUGCGACAAAGAUCUGUGGGGUUUAGAGGUCCAUCACCUCAGUCUGGAAGAGGGCGUGGCAUGUCUCCUGCAGCAACACCACGCCUACCUCAGGGUCGUGGAUCCCCUAUGCAGCCUCGCCAGAUUAUGUCUGCUGGCAGAAAUGGCAAGCCAGUGAUGAGUCCAUACAAUCAGCCACCUGGGCCUCCCUUACCAAGACCAGUCUUACCACGAGAGCGGGGUAAAAUGGACAAGCUGGUCGAGUACUUUGUUGGGGACGGUCCCCAGAACCGUUACGCUCUCAUCUGUCGCUACUGUCACUCUCAUAAUGGAAUGGCACUCAAAGAAGAGUUUGAAUAUCUCACAUUUAGAUGCUGCUAUUGUUACCAACUCAACCCAGCUCGUAAGCAGAGACCAUAUGCACCAAAAAUAGACUUCACCUCUCCAGCCCCAUCAGGUAGUCCAUUUCCCAAGGGCCCCUUCCAGCAAUCUACUCCAAAACCCACUCCUACAGGAUCAAAACCAGUGAGAUCAGGAGCUGCAGAUCUGACUAAAGGCGAGGAAGAUGGUGGCUAUGAUGGGGAAAGUGAUGAGGAUGAGUCUGAGUCUGGGGAAGAUGACAACACAGAAGAUGAAAAGGAGAGUAAGGAAAGACUAGAUGCAAUUGAAGAUGGUGGACAGUUACCUCCCCCUGGUACAGGAAAACAGGAAGUAGAGGGCCCGGCCUCUGAAAUAACCAAUGGUGUUCCAGCUCCUCCAAGUGAGCAGCACACGAAGACAGUUGCUGCGUCGAAACCAGACAUUCAUGUCAAUGGCCAGGACAUUGAAACAGAGGAGUCCUGUCCAGACCAUACCAAUGGCCAGUCAAAUGUCUCCUCACUGAUGCAAGAGAUGAGGAUUUCAUAAUGCUGUGUACAGAACAUUGCAUAGGCAAGUUUUACUGCAUCCAUGUUGAUUGACUAGUUUUGUCAAUCAUCAUAGAGGCCAGUAGAAUUGGCCAAUGAUAGCAGUUUGUUUGACUAGUCCCCUAACAUGACAUAAUGAUAUAUCUCCUGUCAGAGGCCAUCCCUUCAUUGGCAUUGUUGUUACCAAGUAGAACUGCUGGUUCAUCUAGUCUUAGGAACUGCUUGAUAAAUUCUAGAUUUUGGGCUUUUGGUUACUUUGAAGAGUAAACUUCACAGCUAUCGCCCCAAGUGAACAACUUUGUAACAAGGGAUAUGUGCAAGGCCAGUGAAUCAGCAGGUCUUCAGGUAAAAGCAGUACCACUUGCUUUGUACCUGGAAAGUAGAACUACUGUACCUCUGUUAGAGUUAUUGUGUGUUUUACUUCUGCAGUUUUUACAAUUUAUGUCACCUGUGCAUCACUAAGUAUGGUGUGUUGUAUUCAGCUGUUGUACAGAUUGAAAUUUGUGCAAUGUAUGGAUUGUUCAGCAAGUUUUCAGAGUAAGUGUGGUUUCUUCACACAGUACUCGUCACAGGUAUCCCAGAACUAAAGGGAGAUAAGUCAUUAUGUCAUGUCAGACAGUCUCUCACGGAAAAGAGGUGCUGUAGUUAAAAUUUUGACCAAUCAGGUUAUCUCAAUACCCAUCUGGUGCAAUAACAUGUUACUCUCUGUAGUAGGUAGACCAGUGACUUGAGAUUGUGGCCCAAGUGCUAUUUACAUUUGUUGUGUUUUGGUUUCAUGUACUUCACUAUUUUGAAUGUUAUGUAAUUUAUUCAUUCCCACAGUGCUGUGUUAUUAAUGCCUUGUAUAGCUUAUGUUGCAACUCAUUUUCAGAGGCUGAUAAUUUACACACAAUAUUCUGGUCAUCAGUUUAAAUUACGGUCAAUGAAGU